AUGGUACCUACUUGGGAGGUGAGGAUAUCCUCAACCGAAAGAGUCUUCGCAGCGACGCCAGCUCCAGAACGCCUUGUCGCACUAUCGCUGUUAGAUGCCACGACAGCCAACUUUUCCUUCACCAGCGCCCUUUGGCUCUUGGAACGCCCGGCAGGUGAACUGGGUGAUGGAUUCAGCCUGGUACAUCAUCUCCGCAGCUCACUGAGGGCAGCCCUCGAGUUCUACCCGUGGUGGUGUGGUCGACUAAAGAGCGUCACAUCGCUUGAUGGCACUGUCGAGGAUGAAACGGCCUGGCAUAUCCCACGACAUGCCCGGCGGUACGGUCGCGUGUACGCUCAAUACGGCGUCCCUGAUCAAGACCCCGGUGUCGAGUUCAUCGCCGCCACAAGCUCCGCCACGCUGGAUGAUUUAUACCAGACCGCCCGCCCGCAGGCAACGCCGCUGUGGAAUCAGACCGGGCUACCACUCAACUCGUUCGGUCCCUCUACCAACAUAGCCAGCGCCCUGGAGGCUAAUGAGCCCGUCGCAGGCAAACGGCGUCCCCUGCUGGCUCUGCAGGUGACUGAGUUGGCCUGUGGAGGUAUAGCCUUAGCUGUCAAAGGUGCACACCCGUUGGCCGAUAUCACGUCUUUGGUGCGCUUUGUCAAAGACUGGGCCAGUCUCAGCCGCUCGGCUCUGGACUCGAGCACGCCCAGUAUUGAACCAGUUGUUCUUGACCCCGAACUCCUCGACUCCAAGGCUGCUGGCGAUAUCAAUGCCGACGAGGCAGUCGCCACUAUAAUCCGUCAGGCGGAGAGCCUACCUUUGCACCGGUACGACUGGUGGACCUCGCCGGGCGGCCCUGCGUGGGCUACCAAGAAACCCAGCGUGUUCCCAGAAGAUCUGGCCCCGGCGGGACGGCCGAUCCCCUGGUCCGAGUGGGAUUUUGCCGCGCCCGUUUCAACUUACAUUAUUCACUUUCAUCGGGCCCAGAUCGAUCAUCUCUGGAAGGUGGCUACAAAGAGCGCCCAGAGCCCCAACAGCAUUCGGAUCAGUAAGCACGACGCCAUCCUAGCCCAUAUAUGGUCAUGCAUCGUGCGUGCUCGGCAGCUGGAAGACGAUCCUAACCCGGUGCACUGCGACCUUGUGCUCGGGGUGCGGCCCGCGCUUAAGCUCAGCGAAGCGUUCAUGGGAUCUCCUAUCAUCAUGGUCAACAUCGAGAUGGCUGGUUCAGACGUGGCAUUCAAGACCUCUGGUUCAGGAGGUGGCGAGAACAAGAUCGCCAAGUGCAUUCGUGAGACUCUGAUUGAGAUGAGCAACCCGGAGAACAUGGCAGCACAUCUCCACAGUGUGGCUUAUGAGAAGUCGCCCCAACGUCUAUGGCAGGCAUUCCUGGGCCGACGCCACAUUCUGGUAACAACUUGGGCACGCGCGGGCAUCUACGAUGUAGAUUUUGGCCUCGGGUCUGGGAUUCGAUAUGCUGAUGCUGUGCUCCCAGCUAUGGACGGAGGUGUCUUGGUUAAAGAGGGCCCGUCGUCAUCGCCGCAUUCGUGGACAGACAAUGGUGUGGAUGUGACUGUACAUCUUCGCACUGAAGAUAUGGAGCGCUUGGUGCUUGACCCGCAACUUUUACCUGCAUGUACUUAG